UUCUCUUCUGCGCAGACUCACGCACAGAGGAAGAGACAGGUCUCGCUUCCCACAGAGGAUUUUAAGUCUACUUACAAAGCUCUUAGGAGCUCAUCACCACCAGUAAAGCUGUAUAAGCACCGGGUUGACGGGACCGAAGGAAGUGGCGCGUCGUACGGGGAGCUGCCUGCUGAAAUCGCCAUGAGUUACAAACCCAUUGCCCCUGCGCCAUCUGGCUCCAACCACACACCUCCAGGCUCUUCUGUGCCCUCUCCCUCACUGCCCUCGUCAUCCAACUUUAGGCCGGCUUUCAGUGACUUUGGCCCACCCUCCAUGGGCUUUGUUCAGCCUGUCAAAGUGUCUCAAGGGUCCACCUACAGUGAGCUCCUGUCUGUCAUUGAGGAGAUGAGCCGUGAGAUCAGGCCUACAUACGCUGGCAGCAAGAGCGCUAUGGAGAGGCUAAAGAGAGGUAUAAUCCAUGCCCGUGCACUGGUCAGGGAGUGUCUUGCAGAGACGGAGAGAAGCGCCCGCACAUAACCUUUUGGAAAGAUCCCUUCACCCCCUCUCUCUCUUUCCCUGUUAGAAGCCUGUCCUCAUCAAGAAUGUCUGUUUUACAACCAUUUUUUAAUCCUCCCACCUUUAUGCUUUUUAUAGGUGCAUUAUGUCCUUCUUGUCUCCACUGUUUCCUGCAUUCCAGCACACCCACUGUGUUCAUUACAAACCUUCUGUGACCUGUUGGGUGUAUGCAAAAUGCAGUUUUGUAUCUAUUUUGAAAUAAGUGUGGGGAAUUUCAACACAUUUUUAAGUAGAGCUGCGGGUAAAGACCUUCAUAUAAUGGAUGAAAUAUUUAAAGUAUAAUUUGUUCAAUAAUGGCAAUUGACCAAAAGUUUGUUUUUUAAAUGAAGAAACCAAUGUUCCAACUGCACCUGUGCUCAAGUUUCUAUUCUAAACAUCAUUCUGCAACCACUCAAUAUUUUUUUGUUAAUCUGAGCGUCUUGACUGUACCCCAUUUCCCUUCACCCUUGCUGUAUUUUCAUUAUAUUUUGUAGUGUAAACACACAUUAGAUGUUUCUCAAUCCCAAGAACUCUGUACAUCUCAAGUCAAUUUGUUAGUAUGGAAAUUUUGUAAACCAGAUUUUUGCAGUUCGGUAUGUAUAUCUUAAUUAAAUAACAGAAAAACCCUG